AUGCCUGCUCUGGACUGGCCAGAAUUCCACAACGGUGUUGCCUUUGGCCUUGCUAUGAGGCCACCGUGUGAAAGGAAAGCGGACAGGGAGUGGUUUGUACGGAAUAUGAGCUGUCGAAGACCAGCAGAUGACAAUAGUUUUCGGAGGGCUGGUCUUCUGUUGGGCCUAGGCUUGCGGGGCUAUAUGAAGCCCGACGUUUUCCGUCCAGAUGACUGGCUGGUCGAACUUGGUAUGGGUAACUGUGCGGUGAUAUGUGCUGUUCUACUAGGGGUGUCGGCCUCCAACAUAGGCUCUGAAUAUGGGAAGGCUCGUAAGCUGUGUUAUCUUCAUACGCCUGCCUUGUCGGGCCAGAGCAAGCAGUCUACAGGUAGUGCCGUACAAGUGCUGUUGGAGUGCUGUGGUGUGGUCUCGCUUGGUUUACUGCAUUAUAACUCUGGCCAUGUCACUUUGGCGACCUGCCUAUUGAAGAACCUGCGUAAUCUGGGUAGCAUCACUGGUGGAUCGGAUGAGUGUGGUGUUGGCUUGAGGCCAGCUUAUGGUCUCUCCCUGGGAGUCGCUCUUGGUCUCACCUUUGCAGACCGGCCCUUACCUUGCAGCCUUAAGGACGAGGUCAUAGCCUGCAGCAUGGACAUGGAUGCGUCUCUGCCCGCGUUUGUCGCUUUGGGCCUCAUAUACCUUGGCACUCGAGACGCCUCUAUUUGUGAGGUCCUACAGUUGCCUCGUACUCGGUAUCAACUCUGUCGCCGAAGACCCGACUGUUGGUUUGCUGUGGCUAUGGCGCUCACUAUGGUCCUAGGGGAGGUUCCCGAGUUGCCGUCUUGUGUCGAUGGUUGUGGUGGGAAAGACGAGUCGAGUGCAUUUGUGGAAGCUGAGGCCGGAAUCUACAUGGAGGCGGGAUGCAUGCUAGGACUGGCUCUGGCUAAUAUGGGCACUGAGGACCUCGGAGUUCGAGACACUAUACUGGGCGUGUUGGACAAGAUGCUCAGGAUGGAGUCCUGGCAGGAGGGUUUGCCUGAGGGUACGUCCCCUUCAGUGAUAGCGAGCCAUCCCCCACAUGGUUGUGGACCUGAUACCAAAACUCUGUUAACUUGCAGACUCAGCGUCCUUCUCUCAGCGGUGACUGUUAUGGCUGGCACUGGCUGCACGCGCGUGGCAGCAAUGAUCGAUCGGGUGCGGCACAAGGUCUUCGAGUCGACUCACACGAUAACGGCCGAGGUUGAGGCUAUCUAUGGCACUCAUCAAGCCCUGCACCUCAGCACUGGGCUGCUCUAUCUAGGCUGGGGACGAUAUACCAUGUUCAACUAUUCCGUCAUUUGUAUUGUCUGGCAGUUGAAGAGAGAGUUUAGUAGUCCCAUGAGCAUGGACCAUUUCUGGUACAUUAGUUACACAGGGUCACUCCUUCGGUACGUCAGUACUGAGACGGUGGCUGAACUGGUACGAUCAGAACAAGUCUCAGAGGAAGGCGCAAUCUACAUAAUUGACUGUCGUUACCCAUACGAGUACAAUGGUGGACAUAUUGUGAACGCAAUGAACUUCCCACCCUAUGAUAUGGAAUCUCUCAAGGAGUUUGUCUUCAACGAUGUGGCCACCCGAGACCGGCGUCGAGCCAUAAUAAUUCUUCACUGCGAGUUUUCUCAGCUUAGGGCACCCCUGGCAACUGAUGCGUUGAAAAAGCACUUGGCUCGCUAUGGGUGUUCGAGGCCACUGGAACUCUAUGUUAUGAAAGGCGGCUAUUGCGACUUUUUUCGCAAGUUCAAAGAGCUAUGCGAGCCGCAGUCCUACACCGAAAUGCAUGGCGACAGUGCAGAGAACGAUGACUUUAGAGUUAACAUGCAUCAUGGUCCGCAGUUGAAUCGUGGUAGUCCCCCGCCUGCACUAAUGGCUCGAGGGCGACAUCGCAAGGUAACUGAAGCCGAGCUUGUAGGGCUGUAUGCUGUGCAGGCUGCUGCAGUGGAGAGCGACAUGCCUACGACAUGCACCUUCACUGUCAGAUCCCCGUCGCCGUUCGUCUCGGCUUUCAUCGUCGUCUUGGGGUACGACGGACGAUAG